AUGUUGGGCGAAAAAUUUACAGAUUUGAACUUUAGGGCUCAAUUUGAGACUCUCGCUGCCCAUCAAAAGACGAAAGAUGAUCUUAUCAACGAUACCUUGAAAACUCUAGAACGAUAUGUGCAAGAAGUAAAGACUCUCACGUUUGAGCUGGAAGACGCAAAGAAGUCCCGUCGCUGCUACCAAGAAGAAGUUGAGCAACUCAAGAUACAAGCCGGCGAUUCGCAGAAAAUCGUAACUUCUCGGAAUAACUUUGUCGUUGUCCUUGUAGAUGGCGAUGGAGCUCUAUUCCUCGAUGAGCUUCUUGAAAAACCAAGAGAAGGAGCAAACGAAGCAGCCCGAAGACUCGGUCAUAAUGUGAAGAUAUCGCUUAGAGACAGCGGUGUCGACGCGGAUAAAGUGACUGUUAUUGUUCGAAUCUUUGCAAACCUAAAUGACCUGGCAAAAACUCUCUGCUUGACCAACGUCAUUACCGCCAGGGCUGAUCUAAACACGUUUGCCGAGCAAUUCACCGUCAGUCGCGGCGAGUUCGACUUUAUCAAUGUUGGUCCUGGUAAAGAGAAUGCCGACUCCAAGAUAAGAAAUAUGCUGGAUCACUACCACAACAACUUUCAAUGUAAACGAAUUUUCUUCGCCGGAUGCCACGACAAUGGAUACGUCAACGAGCUCCAGAAAUACACAAGCGACCCAGAUCGGAUCGUUCUAAUCGAAACAACUCCAGCACAACCCGCCUUCAAAGAUUUACUCCCCUUCGCUAUAACCCGAUUCGACAACAUCUUUCGUUCAACCUCCCUAACCGGAGAAGAUCUAUAUCCAACCCCAAUAUCAGGAGGCAACUCACCCACACGACCUACCCCAGUUCGACCAGUCCUAGCCUCAUAUACCCCCUCACCACCACGGCCAACACCAGUCCAAUCAGUCGUCCUAAAUGGCCCCAGCUCCAUUUUCAGCCCAGCACGCCAAACACCCAACAAACAAACCCUCAUCCAAAAAGCCCCAGUCCAGGAACCUCCCAAACCCUCAACACUGAUCAACAUCACCCCAGUCCAGCCCCCACAAACCCCAGCAUACACAAGCAUCCCCUCAAACCUUCCCAUCGCACAGCCCCAACCCCAACCGCACCCAUCCCAAUGGUCCAAUAUCAUCUCCUCUGGCAACGGGGGCGUCUCAGUCCGCUACCCCCAAGCUCCAGCAGUGGUAACAUCACAAAGCUACGCCUCUGCCGGCGGGCCAGGAAGCCACCAAAAUAUAAGCAUAAAGACCGACAAAUCCCGAACAAUCGAAUACAACGCUACAGGUCUUCGACUGGAUACUCCGAACAAGAAACCCGCCGACCAAUCCGCCUUCGAUACAUACUUCGUUAAGUUGUCGAAGGUGAAGAACGCAGACUGUAGGGGUUUCUGCAAUUAUAUGUAUUUGCAGGGAAAAUGUAAGCGGGAUUCAGCUUGUCCUAUGGAGCAUGAGGUGGUGCUUUCUGAGAGGGAGAUUGCGGUGCAUCGGUAUCGGGCUAGAUUAGGACAGUGUACGAAUGGUCCUACUUGUUGUGAUUGGGCUUGUUGUUUCAGUCAUCAUUGUCCUUAUGUACCGAAUUGUACGAGUUCGGAUUGUAAGUUUGAUGAGCAUCUUUCUGGGUUGGAAUUGGAGGUUUGGUAA